UUGUUCAUAACGUAUUUUAUCACAAAGUCGCUAUAUAAAGAACAGUGCUCACACACGGUUCGCCUCACAAAGCACCAGUUUAACAACAGGAAAUGGAAGAAAGUUUAGACGCGAUAGACAAAUAUGCGGCCAUGAUGGUAGAACUCAUGCAGAUCGUGUACCCUUCGAUCGAAUUUACGGUGCCGUUCGAUAUGCGUUGCAUUAAUUGCAGCUUUCGCAUCACGAAAGGUUCAAAGUUCAACGCACGAAUGGUGGAAGAUGAGGACUUUUUCGGCAUCGUAAGGAAUCGGGUAGAAUUAAAGUGUACACGCUGCGAAGGAGCUAUCCACAUCACACAAACAUACAGCUUGAAAGACAACGCAAGAACAAAGACAUCAAUUGAAAAGGGAGCAAUCCAGAUCCCAAAAGAUGAGUUAUAGUAGGUCAUAUCGAACUAUCGCAUCCACAUGAAAUCUCUUCCGGAAACCUUUAAAUAAAGUAACAAAAAAUGUUGUUAAAUCAAACAUAA